CUGCCCCCUGAGCCCGUCGGGUGGAGCAUGAAGCACCAUGGUGUGGUGCGACCGUGGGAUCCAGAUGCUGCUGACCACGGUGGGUGCCUUCGCCGCCUUCAGCCUCAUGACCAUCGCUAUUGGCACCGAUUAUUGGCUCUACUCGAGCGCCAACCUCUGCAACGGGACCAAUGUCACAGCCACGGACGAGACGGCGGAAAGGCAGCCGAAAAAAGUGAAGGGCGACCUCACCCACUCCGGCCUCUGGAGGUUCUGCUGUAUUGAAGGGAUAUACAAGGGACACUGUUUUCGAAUCAACCAUUUCCCUGAAGACAAUGACUAUGAUCAUGAUAGCUCUGAAUAUCUUCUCCGUAUAGUACGUGCCUCCAGCGUGUUCCCCAUCCUAAGUACAAUCUUGUUGUUACUGGGAGGGCUCUGCAUUGGAGCUGGGAGGAUUUACAGCAGCAAAAACAACAUUAUCCUUAGUGCUGGAAUUCUUUUUGUAGCAGCAGGAUUAAGUAACAUAAUAGGAAUUAUUGUCUACAUCUCCAGCAAUGCAGGCGAUCCUAGUGACAAGCGGGAUGAGGACAAAAAGAAUCAAUACAGUUACGGCUGGUCUUUUUACUUUGGAGCCUUGUCUUUCAUUGUGGCAGAAACAGUCGGUGUGCUGGCUGUGAACAUUUAUAUUGAUAAAAACAAAGAGCUGAGGUUUAAGACCAAGAAGCAGUUCCUUAAGACUUCUGCUUCCCCUUAUGCAAGGAUGCCAAGCUACAGAUACAGAAGAAGGAGGUCCAGAUCCAGCUCUCGAUCCACAGAACCUUCUCCAUCCAGGGACAUUUCUCCAGUGGGGAUGAAAAUGGCAGGUUCUCUUCCGAUGAAUGAAAUCUCCAUGUACACCCUCUCCAGAGAACCUCUGAAGGUCACCACAGCAGCAAGUUACAAUAUAGAGCAGGAUGCCGGCUUUCUUCAGGUCCACAAUUUCCUUCAAAAGGAAUUCAAAGAGGGACUUCAUAUCAAUAUGGUCAACAGGAGAACAACACCUGUUUGAAGGGAUUUGUUGGGUUGUUGAUUUUUUUUUUUCUGAAACAAAGCAAAGGAAGCGAAAUCCAGUUCCUUUAUACUGUAGGUGAAAAGCACGUCUUUUGAAAAGGCUCUUGCAUUCUUUGGGAAUAAAAAAAAUCCCAGAAAGAAGUUGCAGACAGAGAAAUUAGCAUAACACAAUGACCCGGAUAGAUGGAACAAUACCUUUUUAGCUGAUUUUUAUAAGCUCUUUCAAAAUUUGAUUAAGAAAAGAAUAUUUGAGAAAUAAUUGAAAUCAGCCGUUCCAAUCCCUGCACUUUUGUAAUAUGUAUUGUGUAACUUGUGUCCUGGAAAAUAUUUUAGUGGAAAUAGAUUUUUAAAUUUUCAAUGUGGACUUUUUUCUACAACCCGGCCCUUUGGUACAAUCUGAAAUUCAUCAUAAAUGCUGCCUAAUGUUUAUGUUUCUUUAGAGCAGAAGAAAAAGACAUGAAUGAGAAUGGCGGGCUGGGGAAUUCUGGGAGUUGAAGUCCACAGAGUGCCAAGGUUGGACACCCCUCUUUUAGAGCAAAAGUCAAACAAUGGGGGUGGGGAAGAAGCAUGUGGUUGGUUCCAACUUUUGAAGACCAGUGAGGGGAAACCAUUCAAACUGGAGUCUUGCUCCUGAGCCUUAGGCAUCCUUGGGGUUGGAGGAGAAAAAUCUGGUUUCUGACUUUAAACACACUGUAAUAUUGCUGAGAAUGUAGAUGUAGACUCCAUUUUCCUCUCUUCCUUGUUUACUGGAUUGCCCAGUAGUCCUUGGCUUUUGAUUUUUUUAUUCUGUGCACCCUUAAGUAAAGACUGUGAUUAGAUGAAGAAUAUCAGUUCCUUCAAAACUGCCCAUCCUUUAUUACUGUAUAUAAAUGAAUAGCCGCCCCCAAAGGGUUGAAAAAACUUGAUUGCAAAGUCAAAAGCAACAAUUUGGGGAUGAGACGGUAUGAACUGAUGCUAUAUAUAUUUGUAAAGCAAGUUUCCCAAAUGUGUGUCAGAGGUAAGUUUAACUAACCCCACAUUCUAGAUUUCAAACAUUUGUAUAAAAUAAAUGAAUAAAUCCAGAACUCAUAACAUAAAUAGACCUGUGUUGAUGAUUGGGGAAGAGGGGCCUUUACUAAACCAAUCAUUUGCAGCCAUAAUUUUCUAGGCACUUCGUUGAAAAGUAAUCCUUUACUUUGAGCUGCUAUGAAAUACACAUGGCACCUACUCUAGCAUGCUAAAAGUGUAAUUCCAUCCCUUCUUACAGGUUUUAAAUAUUUACCAGAAGCUUAGAACAAAGGAAGUAGCAGUUUGACUGUGUUAAUGGCAGGAAUUGCAGAUUUUUUUUUCUAUGAAGGGCUAUUGAUUCCAAACGAGCAAUUACUAUUAAUGUAGUUCCAUGUUUGAAUACAAAUUAAUUGUAUUAUAGAAGUUCUUAUUUUUUUUAAAUAAAGAGCAGCUUUUGAAAAAUAAUUAUCUAAAGCCUAGAAAAAGACUGCUUUGGCAUUUGUUGAGUAAGAGGAAGACUACUAUAGCUCUUGCUUGAAAGGGAGACUGUAGAAUUGGGCAUGUGCACCCUUGCUCCUUUUAUUAGGGAAAAAUCUCUCCCAUUCUUGGAAAGGCAUGCAAGAGGUUGCUGUAAAUAUCUAUGGCUACCUUUUUAAGGGGCAAAGGAACUCCCCAGAAUUGCCAAUAGAGAGAAGGAAUGGAAUUAAGCAGAAGAUCUACCUCUCUCACCCUCGGAUUGGAGAUUCCCCACCUCAGAUUUCCUAGGCUUAUAAUUAAUGCCAAUUCAAAUUUAUCUGUGCUCUUGCAAAGCCUUAAGUUCUCUUAACAUCACCGCAGAAUCCUUUUGCAUUGCAUCUACUUCAUAAUACAAGCUGAGCUGAAGUGAACCAAUUUGAGAGAUAUUUGUAGGGAUAACUUUUUUUAAGAAAAAGCUACUUUCGAUAGUUCAAAAAGAUCUUUUUAAAAGAGAGGAAAAAAGGGUCUGAAAUGAAUGCUGGAGGAUGGUGUAUUUUAAGACUAAAGCACCUUUUUUCUAAAUCAGAUCAAGCUCCACUAUUUCCAGCAUUCAGUCUUCAACCAGUACGGGCAAGACCAAAGCCUAGCAGACCAAUUGCCGGUUCUUACUUUUACAGUAACUAAGGCUUCAUUUUGAUUUUAUGGUUAAUGGCCAUUGAUGAAUCCACGAUGAUUCUAACAAGUUCAGGGAUCAGCAAUGAAUGCCAACCAAACAUCAAAGCAGUUCCAUCAGGCCUUUCCAACACACGUAAUGGUGCAAAGCAUGAGGGGAGUGCAGUUCAGUAACAUCUGGAGGGCCACACAUGACUACCUUUGUAGGCCUUUUGCAAAACCAUCUGAACAACUGGAUGCAACUACAUUUUACGUAAAAUUGAUGCUAAUGUCCGUUAACCCUUUAUGUGAUAAAAGAGUGCACGAAGGUUACAUUUAUUUCAAGGUUUACUUUAAAACACUAAAGAGGUUAUUUGUGUCUGUAUACCUGUUCAUGUUCUUACAAAUGAUAAGUUAUUUCUUCUUUGAGAUGUCUUAAAAUAAAGUGUUGAUAGGGGUAGUAUAAAGCUAUGAUAAGAGUACAUAAAGAAGCAGUUUGUGUCUGUGUCAUUAUUAAGUGCUUAUGUCUCUUUUCAUUGCUGUAUAUUCAAAUGUGAUUUCUCUGAAUUAUGUUUUCCUAUUGUGUUAAUAAACUAACAGGUAGAAUUUAGUUAUCAUGUGUAUUUGCUCUAAUUAGAGUAUCCAAACAUAUCCAAUGAAAUUAUCCCUCUUUGAAGAUUGUGGGAUGGCACUGUCUAAUAUUUGGUAUGUGUUGCAUUGUAAAAUCGACCAUAUUCUUCCAGUGGCUAUGUUUUUGUUGAUAGUUGACUAGCUUCUGCACCAUUUCACACACGCAUAUAUAUAAGUAAAUAUAUUUGUAUCAUGUUUUGUGCACUGAUAUCGCCUGGCGC